CUUUCAGUUGGUUGUUUUGACUUAAGUUCACUUAUCAGUAAAAUGGAAAUAAUAGUAUCUACUUUUGCAGUCUUUUAAGUGUUGCACAAGAUAAUGGCGUGGAUAGCAUGCAUAAUAUCACUGUAUAUUACAGGAAGCACAGCAAGAUUUAUUUCUUCACUUAUCCAGUAUUUUUGAGUACCUACAAUGGUUCAGUGAACCAAACAAAUCCUCUCUCUCUUGGAUCUUACAAUCUUGUGUGAAAAGGCAAACAAUAAACAGAAUGUAUGUGACAUUUUCAAUGGUGAUAAAUGCUAAGAAGAAAAAUAAAUCACGAUAAGGAAAAAGAGUGACUGGAAUAGUGUUCUCUUCAGAUAGAAUUUUCAGGGAACUUCCUCUGAUGAAGUAACAGUUGAACACAGGAAUAAAGAGAAAGAGAAAGCCUUGCUGAUUUUUGGGAGGAGAGUAUUCCAGGAAAAAGGAAAAGCAAAGGACUUUGUUCUUAAUCAAAAAAGCAAACUGAAGAAGAAAAGAGGAAAUGGCUGUUGGACUUUGUAAAGUCAUGUCCCAGGGGUUGGUGACUUUCAAAGAUGUGGCUCUAGACUUUUCCCAAGAGGAAUGGGAAUGGUUGGACCCAUCUCAGAAGGAUUUAUACAGAGAAGUCAUGUUUGAAAACUACAGGAAUUUGGUAUGGCUUGGCCUCUCCAUUUCUAAGCCCAACAUGAUCUCCUUAUUGGAGCAAGGAAAGGAACCUUGGAUGGUGGAAAGAAAGAUGUCACAUGAUCAGUGUGCAGACUGGGAGUCAUGGUGUGAAAUGAAGGAAUUGUCUCCAAAAUUGUUCAUUGAUGAGGAAGAAAUAUCCCAGUGCAUGGUAACAGAAAGACUCACAAGUCAUGGCCUUGAAUGCUGCAGUUUCAGAGAAGGCUGGAAAUAUGAGGGGUUUGAGUGGUAUCGGGGAAAUCAGGAGAGCCAUUUCAGGCAAAUGACAACUCUUAAGGACAUCUCUACUGGGAAAAGACACAAUGAAUAUAAUAAUUCUGGGAGAAGCCUCCCCCUGAAGUCAGUACUGUUAGCACAACAGAGAAUUUCCACAGUAAAACAAGCCCAUAAAUUUGAUAUGUAUGAUAAAUUCUUCACCCAAAAUUCAGUUAUAAUUGAAUAUGAAAGACUCCAUGCUGAGAAGGAAUCUUUGACAGGUAAUGAAUAUGAAGAACUGAAUCAAAUUACUCACUUUAGUAAAGAUACACGAAUUCCUUCUGGUGAGAAACCUUAUAAACCUAAUAAUUUUUCAAAUUUCUUAAGUAUCCACUCAUUAUUUACUGAACAUCCAACUCAAUGUAAUCAUUUUGGAAAAUUACCCCAUGAAUAUGAUGAGUGUGGUGAAGUCUUAAGCUGUUGCUCAUUCUUUAAUCAACCUCAGAGAAUUCACAGUGGAGAGAAAGCAUGUGCAUGCAAUGACUGUGGGAAAGCCUUUAGCCAUGACUUCUUUCUCAGUGAACACCAAAGAACUCAUAUUGGAGAGAAGCCAUAUGAAUGUAAGGAGUGUAACAAAGCCUUCAGGCAGAGCGCACACCUGGCUCAGCACCAGAGAAUCCACACUGGAGAGAAACCCUUCGCAUGCAAUGAAUGUGGGAAGGCCUUUAGCCGUUAUGCCUUCCUUGUUGAACAUCAGCGAAUUCACACAGGAGAGAAACCAUAUGAAUGUAAGGAGUGUAACAAAGCCUUCAGACAGAGCGCACACCUUAAUCAGCACCAGAGGAUUCACACUGGAGAGAAACCCUAUGAAUGUAAUCAGUGUGGAAAGGCCUUCAGCAGACGCAUAGCCCUCACUCUUCAUCAAAGAAUUCACACAGGAGAGAAACCCUUCAAAUGUAAUGAGUGUGGGAAAACUUUUGGCUAUCGCUCACACCUUAAUCAACAUCAGAGAAUUCAUACCGGAGAAAAGCCCUAUGAGUGCAUCAAGUGUGGCAAGUUUUUCAGGACUGACUCACAGCUUAAUCGACAUCAUAGAAUUCAUACUGGAGAGAGACCAUUUGAAUGCAGUAAAUGUGGGAAAGCCUUCAGUGAUGCUUUAGUUCUAAUUCACCAUAAGAGAAGCCAUGCAGGAGAGAAACCCUAUGAAUGUAGCAAAUGUGGGAAGGCCUUCAGUUGUGGCUCCUACCUUAACCAACACCAGAGAGUUCAUACAGGAGAGAAACCCUAUGAAUGUGAUGAAUGUGGGAAGGCUUUCCAUCAGAUCUUGUCCCUUAGACUACACCAGAGAAUUCAUGCUGGAGAGAAACCCUAUAAAUGUAAUGAAUGUGAGAAUAAUUUUAGCUGUGCCUCAGCUCUCAGACGACAUCAGCGAAUUCAUAAUAGAGAAACACUAUGAUAAUAACAAAUAUAGGAAAUAAAUCAUUUAGUCACCACCCAGUCCUUAUCGAAUAUCAGUGAAUUCUGUUUGAUUAGUAAAGUCUACUAUGUAGUCCAUAUGAAAAAGCCUUUAGUUCACCAUCAUCCAUUAUUUGAAAUGACUGGAGUAGUAGACUUUCUCACCUGUUCAGUACCCCACACUCAAUGCUUAUGAUUCGGAUGAAACUGUUAAUCAAGGACAGCAGUAGAUUGGUCACAGGCUGGCCAAUUAUUUCCCCUCAACCUAGAUAUUAAUAAGAUGGCCCCUUCUGGACCAAUAUAGCCCUUGAAGUAUUGUUAAGAGUAGUAAAAGAGAUAAUUUCUCUUUUUGGAAUUUCAAGCUUUGAGGAUUUAAUGGGGUUAAAAACUCACCAGUAGCCUUUGCCACCCCAUGUGGAAAGCCUUCCCAAAGAGAUUUCUAAUAGAGGAAAAUGGACAUGAGAAACAGAAAUCUGAUGACAUUGUUUGAUCUGGAACCAGUCAUACAUAUUGACUGCACAUCCUUUACUUUUGUUUUCAUGAUUCAAUAAAUUUCCUUUUUUUUUGCUUAUGGUAAUUUGAAUUAGAUUUUUGCCUCUUGGAAUUAGAAUACCAACUCAUAUACCCUAUGUUUGUAAUACUUAAUCUUUUAUAUGGCAUAAGCCAGGCACAAUGGCACAUGCCUAUAAUCCCAGGGACUCAGGAGGCAGAGGAUUGAAAAUUCAAGGCUGGCCUCAGCAACUUAGGGAGGGCCUGUUUCAAAAAAUAAAAGAGAGAAAGUGCUAGGGAUGAAGCUCAGUGGUAAUGCACCACUGGGUUUAAUUCACAGUUCAAGAAAAAAUAUAGGGCUUAUCCAAAGGAGAAACAUAACAAUUAUGUGAAAAUUGAGUACACAACCUUCUGUAAGCUGAGAUAAUUGUUCAAUUUGUUGAUAAAAAUUUAAUGUGAAGCUGCAGUUGUAGCUCAAUGGUAAGGCUCUUGCUUGGAAUGUUUGAGUCUCUGGGUUCAAUCCUCAACACCACGUUUAAAAAAAAAAUUGACAAUUAAAAAAUAAAAAUUUAGUGAGUAUUAGUCUUUUUCACAGAAAGGGUGAAAACUUUAAAAUUCCUUAAUAGGCUUUCCCUAAAGGAGUUAAAAAAUAGUUUGUAGAAAUGACUCAACAUAGGCCUGUAAAGAAAGACCAGAAUCUAAGAGAAUUAUGAAUCCAUCGAUUGAAUGAAUGACUCCCAUCUUAAGGGAAUUUUUUUUUAAAGAGAGAGGGAGAGAGAGAGAGAGAGUUUUUUAAUAUUUAUUUUUCAGUUCUCGGCGGACACAACAUCUUUGUAUGUGGUGCUGAGGAUCGAACCCGGGCAGCACGCAUGCCAGGCGAGCACGCUACCACUUGAGCCACAUCCCCAGCCCUCUUAAGGGAAUUAUUUGAUUUUCUUCUUUCAGUAUGAGUUUUAAACAUGCUAUGUGACAGAAUAUGAUAAGGUAGCAUUAUAAAAGGGGGUUGUUUGUGGGUGGGCUGUAACCUUGAUUUAUAGAUAACUUCUUUGAAAUGACAGAAAGAAUGAGCCAUUUUCAACAAAUGAUAAGACUUAAACAUUUGAUGCCUAAAACUUUUAGACAACAAAUCAUUACUAUUCUUCAGAGUGUUGGGGAGGAUGAGUAUAUGAGAUAAUAUAUUCAUGUUAUAUCUUUUUAAAAAAAUAUUUUUUAGUUUUUGAUGGGCUUUUACUUAUUUAUAUGUUGUACUGAAAAUCAAAGCCAGUGCCUCACACAUGCUAGGCAAGCUCACUUCCACUGAGCUACAACCCCAGUCCUCAUGUUAUAUCUUAAUGUAUAUAGGGAAACAAACUUUGGUGAAAUGGGAACUUAGUUAUUUUGAGCGGCUGGAACCACUUAGAAUCUGUAAAAGAAUAUUUAUAUAUAAAAAAAGAUUAGAACAGACAUCAAGCAAGAAUGGAGGAUUUAUAUAUGUGCAUGGCAUGGAGUGAAACUGAUUACUAUUUUCAUAAUUUAACAGUCAAUUUAUACAUAUUCCAAAUUCAGAAAAUUAAUUUUCUUAAAUACUGAUAAUUUCACUUUAUACAACAUAAACUACAGAUUUAAUAUGAUUUAGUAAUUCAGACCUUAAACAGAAACAAGUAUGAUUAUUAAGCAUUGCCCAACUUAUAUGUAACCUAAAAUGGAUUAAUAUCUUAUGUUUAAUUCAUGUCAUUUCUCUAUUUUCUAUUUCCUAAGGUACAGGAAUACUUAUUUUUUGAAUACUUAAUAAUUUUUAAGUACUGAAUAGUAACUUAUUUUGGAAAAUUUCCCAAGGUGUACAAUAAUAUUAUCAGGCUUUAAGAAAAAAGAAUAAUGACCCAGACCAGUGAAAAUCUGAAUUAUUCACUGAUUUUUGGUCUAAGUGUGGCAGCUGAUUUCUUACUCAGAGGUGACAUAAACCCAAGCCUCUGGUUAACCCUUUGUUUUUACAGCUGAACUUCACUUAUAAUGCGGCUAAAAAAUUUUUUUUUACUUGUGUUUUUAGCAUGGGUUUGUAUGUUGUAAUCAGAAGUUUCUCUUCAUCAUGAGGUACUAAAUUUUGUUUAUCUGCAACUAUUCUUCUUAUUAUCUCAUGUUGAUACAUUAACUUCAUCUUUUGGCAUCAGUGGAAAUUAUGCUUUAUUAGUAUCUGAUUGUUAUUAGGAUCCUCUGAAAUUUGUGUUUAUGUGUUAUAUGAAGUUGACUUUGGAGUUAAGACCUGAGACAAAUAAUAGACCCAUCUGUCCACACUAUGUAUACAGACACAUAUGUAGACAUAUUUAUAUACCUUAUAAAAUUAAAGUAAAGGAAAUUCAUAUUUGUGUUUA